UAGUAUACAGUGAAAAUUGUCAGCAAGGGAAAUAACGAGCGGACGAGCCGCACAAAUCCAAUGGCUACCGCUUUCCACGCCAUCGCCGCCCGGCCCCGUCUUCCUCCCGCGGCGUUCGCCCGCCUCUCUCCCGGCCGUGCUGCUGGAAAGCUCCGCCUCACCCUCACGGCCGCCUGCAGCAUGGACACGGCGUCCGCGAGCUCGUCGGACGCCACCAAGAAGACGGCCACCGUCUUCGUGGCCGGCUCGACGGGCCGCACCGGCAAGCGGGUCGUCGAGAAGCUGCUGGAGAGGGGCUUCGGCGUAGUCGCCGGCACGACGGACGUGGGCCGUGCCCGCGGCAGCCUACCCCAGGACCCAAACCUCCGGCUUGUGAGUGCCGACGUGACGGAGGGCGCCGACAAGCUGGUUGAGGCGAUCCGCGGCGUCGACGCCGUCGUCUGUGCGACGGGGUUCCGGCGGUCGCUUGAUCCCUUUGCUCCCUGGAAGGUAGACAACUUUGGCACAGUAAACCUUGUUGAAGCAUGCCGCAAGGCUGGAGUUACAAGAUUUGUACUCAUAAGUUCCAUUUUGGUGAAUGGUGCUGCUAUGGGUCAACUUCUGAAUCCAGCAUAUAUUGUGCUCAACCUGUUUGGUUUAGUACUUGUUGCAAAGCUGCAGGCAGAGAAACAUAUCAGGUCAUCAGGAAUAAAUUACACUAUUAUAAGGCCUGGAGGCCUGACUGAACAACCACCAACAGGGAACAUAGUCAUGGAGCCAGAGGAUACACUCUACGAGGGCUCCAUAUCGAGACAGCAAGUUGCAGAUGUGGCUGUGGAGGCAUUGUUAUGCCCAGAGGAAUCUUCCUACAAAGUUAUCGAGAUUCUCACUCGAGUUGAUGCUCCGAAUCGCCCUCUCAAGGAUCUGUUUGCUUCCAUUAAGCAAAACUGAGUAACUGAACACAAAUAGUUCAGGCCGAACAAGCACUGUUCCAGAUAUUGUAAACCAAGUGAUAUGUCAGCGUGUUCAUAUCUAUAGAAUUACGGUGGAAUUUAACCAAACAAAACAAUGGAAUGCAGCUUCCUGUAAAUGUAUAUAUGAAUGUAGUAUUUGUACACUUGGUUUCUCA